CAAACAUAAUGGAACGGUGGUCUGGUAAAGUUGCAAUAGUAACCGGAGCAAGUUCUGGUAUUGGCGCCGUGAUUUCCCGUGAACUUGUAGCGAAUGGUUUAAAUGUCGUCGGUGUUUCAAAUCAAGAAGACCGGUUAAAAAAUUUGUACCAAGAUCUAAAAAUUUCAAAAGGUACAUUUCAUUAUUUGUGUUGUGAUGUCGAAAAAGAACAAGACAUACUUUACGCUUUUACGUAUGUCAAUGAAAAAUUUGGCGGCGUUGACGUUUUAGUGAACAAUGCCGGAAUAAUUAGAGAAAGCACAUUCCAAAACGUAAAAACAGAAGAUUUACGUGCUGUUUUGAACGUUAAUGUUCUUGCACCUGCAAUAUUUAUCAGAGAAUCACUUAAAUCAAUGCGUCAGCGUAAAAAUGAAGCGCACAUUAUUAACAUUAAUAGUAUGCUUGGUAUCAAUGCAGCGACGACAAUACCAAUAAAUAUUUAUCCAGCAUCGAAAUUUGCACUACGUGGUAUGACUGAUACACUAAAAAAUGAACUCGAAUUUCAUAAAGAUAAUAUACGAGUCACGGGAAUCCAUCCGGGAUUGGUAAAUACGGAAAUAUUUGGUGAUUCCGUACUAUUUAAUAAACUAAAAAUUAAAUUGCCAGUAGUAGAACCCAAAGAUAUCGUUGAUUGCGUUAUAUUCGCACUUUCAGCGCCGCCUAAUGUACAAUUGCAUGAAAUAACCGUCACCGGAGUACCCAAGAAGUAAUUCCGGUGUAACCGAGCUUAGAGACUAGGAAGACAUGGGCAAGAUGGACCAAUUGUUCGUUGACUUUACCUGUCAUUUCUGAAUUAUUAAUGAUAUAUACAAAAAAAGUGUAUUGAGUAGUUUUGCCUUGGGGAAAAACAAUGCAAAGGUAAUAAUGUGUGGUGUAUGGUUUUAAAAAAAUAAAAAAAAACAAGUUUAUAAUGUUUUUAUCAAAUAUUAUUUAUCUAUCUAUUAGCUUACUAAAGUAUCUACAAUAAAUUACUACAAUAAUUUGAAAAUAAUCAGUCCUCGACUACAGUAAGUAAGAGUAUUAAUACUGAGUAUGACUUUUUGAUAGCCUGAAAAAGAAAAGUAGUUUUUUUUUUUUUUUUAAGGAGCAAAUAAAUAUAAAAGAUUUUCUACCCGGAUCAAAAAAAUAACUUGAUUUCGACUUUUCCGACUUAUUUGACUUGCUUUCCCGUGUAAAAAAAAUUUUCGUUCAUAAUAAAUUUAGAUCUGAAUUUCAUGACGAAACUCAGAUCGUGACACAAAUAUGACUUUCAUCAUGAAUUUACUCCAAAUUUCGUCUAGUAAGUCAGUAUCAAUUAUAAAAUUAAUUUAAUAUGUCUUUGAAUUAGACUUUGGAUGACUUCAAUAGAAACUUGCCUGAGUUUUUACUGAAUUAAUCUUUUUGUCAAAUUUAUCAAUUCGGAAAUUACCAAUAAACUUUUUCUAUCAAGUACUUGAUUUACGUAAAUUCCCUACUUAAAAAAUCCGAUAGAUUCUCAUAGAUGUAUGUAUAAGACCCUAUGCUUAACUAUACACGGGAAAAAAUGCUGGAGUAGAAUUUACCACACCAAACUAGUAAAAAUUUUACUACACUUUGUGGUCGCCGCAAUGACAACUGUAGUAACAUAAGCCACAGUGUGCGUGAUAUUUUACUACUAUAGGAGUUCUGUUUACUACUGUAAUGUGGUAAAACUUUGUAGUUUCCACAACUACUUAAUGUAGUAUAAAAUACUUAUUUUGUGGUUUUGGGAACCACACAAUUUUAUAUGAAUUGGUAUCUGUUACUAUUUUUGGAGUAUACAAUACCAGAUUACUUGUACAAUCUACUCCAAUAUGUGGUAAAAUGAUUGAAAGAAGAAAAUAACAGCGCCACCUAUAACUUUUUUACUCCAUUCUGUGGGUAUUCUCAACUUGUGUCAUUGUAUUUAUUAUUAUAAAUAAUAUUAUAAAACAUUAUAAAUAAUAAUAUAUAUAAUUAAAAAUAUUU